GAAUUCUGAGCAAAGACGGAGAAGAAGAGAAGCUAAGACGAUGAACUCCACCAAUCCUACCGUAUCACCACCAUCACCACCACCACCACAACACCUCUUCACCUCCAUCGACAUGGGAACAAACUCCUUCAAACUCCUCAUAGUCCAAACCAAUCCUCUCACCAAAUCCUUCCUCCCAAUCCACCGUCUCAACGACCCCGUCGUCCUCUCCCGCGACUCCCCAACCUCAAUCUCCCCUCACUCCCAAUCCCGCGCCCUCCACUCCCUCCGCAAAUUCAAAUCCCUAAUCCUCUCCCACCGAAUCCCCCCUCACCGCGUCCGCUGCGUCGCAACCGAAGCCCUACGCCAAGCCGAAAACCGGAACCAAUUCGUGGAGACUGUCUUAAACGACGUCGGAUUACAGAUCGACGUUUUAACCGGAGAGGAGGAAGCGAGGUUGGUUUACUUAGGUGUGAUUCAGUUUUUGCCUGUGUUUGAGAGGACUGUGCUGUGUGUAGAUAUAGGAGGCGGAUCCACUGAGUUUGUUGUAGGUGUGGGCGGGAAAGUGAUGAUUGCUGUUUCUUUGCGGUUAGGUCAUGUGAAUCUGACGAAGAUGGGGGUUGGGAUCGUGGAGAUGAGGGAGUAUAUACGCCGUGUGAUUGAUGAGAGUUGUUUAAGGGAGAGGUUGAGAGGGUUUGAGGUUGUUGUGGGGUGUUCGGGGACGAUUCGAGGUAUUGAGAAGGCUGUUUUUAGUGGCUAUGGGAGUGAUUUGUGUAAUCAUCUUGAGGAGGAGGGGUAUAAGAGGGAUUGGAGAUUUGGGAGAGGGGAGUUGAGUAGUGUUGUGGAGAAGUUGUGUGGGGAAGGAGAUGAGGAGGUGGUUAGGAGGGAAGGUUUUUUUGGUAGGAGAGCGGAGUUUAUUGUUGCUGGGGCGGUUUUGUUGGAGGAGGUUUUUGAGGCUUUGGGGAUUGAGGAGAUGGAGGUUUCGGAGUAUGCGUUGGGGGAAGGUGUGAUUGCUGAUUCUUUGGGUAAAGCUUUUGGUGGAGUGUGUGAUUUUAAUGGUAAUGCGAGGUGGAGAUCGGUUAUGAGGCUUGCCACGCGGCUUAAUGGGAAGAAGAGAAUGAAUCAUGCCAUACACUGUGCUAACAUCGCCAAGGAGAUCUUUGUAGGUUUGAGGAAGUGCAAUGACUUUAACGUUAUAUUAGAUGAUAAGGAUCUUGAGUAUCUUGAAGCUGCUUGUUUCUUACACAAUAUCGGAAUCAUCACAGGGAAAAAGGGGUAUCAUAAGCAGUCUUAUCAGAUCAUCAAGAAUGGAGAUCAUCUCUACAGCUACACCGUUGAGGAAGUCGAGCUUAUAGCAUUGCUUACGAGAUACCAAAGAAAGAAGUUUCCCAAGCUUGAUCGUGCACCUUUUAAGAACUUUGCUGAGAAGGCAAAGCGAAAGUUCAUUAUCAUGUGCUUGAUUAUACGAUUAUCUGUUCUACUUCAACGGAGUGAGAAUAUGGAUCUCCAAGAAUUUGAGUUUCUUGAAUCUACUAAUAGCUUCAAACUUGUGGUUAAACAACAAAGCCAGGAACCCUUGGUGAUUAGCUCUCAAGAUCAAGCGGAAGGAAAAUCCGAUGCAUUACAACUGGAGCAAGAAGUUGAGCAUUUUAAAAGGCUAUUCAAAAAGGAAAUGGUGGUUGUGUUUCCUUCCUGA